UUCACGUGACACCCACAACAAACAGACUGCCUUGCAGCCUUCAGCGUUUGAAGCUGCCAGCAGAAGACGCCUUUUACGAAGAUGUCAGCUCAAACCAAAUUGGGGAGUUCGGUGCAGUGUCCUGUGUGUCAUGUCAGUCAUCUACCACAACAGAAAGAUGUCAAGAGUGGAGUGUUCGCAGCAACAUGUCAGAACUGUGGACACUUCUUCAAAUUCAAGGUGGAUUCUGGAUUGGCAACAGAGGUGACACUGACUGUCAAUGGACAGAAAUACACAGUGUCUACUGACAAGUACAGUUCAUCUACCUCCUUGAAUUCAUUCCUACGCACAUCACGUGCGUCAAUGGGCACUAAGGUGAUGUGCCGGGAAGGUGGGUGUGGCAUGUGUGUGGUUGAGGCUAAACUUUACGAACCAAUCUCCUUUGAGAAGAGAGCCUACUCCAUCAACUCAUGUCUAUAUCCUGUGUUCCUGUGUGAUGGCUGGGAGAUCACCACUGUGGAGGGGAUUUCACACAAGGGAGACAACUCUGUGUCGGAGAGGCUGGCCCACUACAAUGGUAGUCAGUGUGGAUACUGUAGUGACGGACAGGUUAUGAACAUGCACUCGCUACUGGAGUACAAUGGCGGUCAGGUGACCAUGCAGCAGGUCGAGGACGCAUUUGAUAAUGUCAUCUGCAGGUGUACAGGUUACCGACCAAUACUGGAUGCCAUGAAGUCAUUUGCUGUAGACUCUCCCGCCAACAAGAAGAAAGCUCCCUGCUCUGUGGAUAUUGAGGAUGUUGGGACACUUAGUAAGGUCUGUAGUAGGACAGGUGGACCCUGCAGGGGAAAUUGUAGCCCCCAGACAUCAGACAACGGAGAGAUGACACAGAUUGUAUUGAAGGAUGCUCAGUGGUUCAAGCCGAAGUCUGUAGAUCAGGUCUUUGUUGCCAUGAAGCAAGCAGCAGGAAAGACGAUGAAGCUUGUUUUUGGAAACACUGGAUUUGGUGUGUUUGGGGAACUUGGUCAAUGGAUGUUUGAAGUCUUGAUUGAUCUCAGAGAAGUACAGGAGCUGUAUGGAGUUGAUUUUGACAGUGAUGUAGUCCUUGGAGCGAAUCUGUCAGUGAACCAGUUACAAGACAUUUUCUACCGCGGGAAGAGCGAGCCUAACCUGUACUACUUUGAUGUACUAUAUAAACGCGUCAAGGAAAUCGCUGGACACUCUGUUAGAAACCUUGGCUGCUGGGCGGGUAACCUGAUGCUCAAGCAUGCCCACCCAGAAUUCCCCUCUGAUGUGUACUGUAUGCUGGAAGCUGCUGGGGCACAGCUCAACAUCACUGAUGGAUCCCAGACACAGCUUGGGUCAUACGACAUGUCACACUUCCUAGCCCUGGACAUGACUGGUAAGCUGAUUACGGGUAUGAUGUUACCAGGACUGGACACUAAUGACUACUACAUCCGCACCUACAAUGUCUCAAAGAGGGCACAGAAUGCCCAUGCCUAUGUGAAUGCUGGUUUUCGGAUGAGGUUAGAUAGCAAGAACAACUUCCUGGUGAAGGAAAGGCCAACAUUGGUGUUUGGUGGUAUUAGUGCUACCUUUAACCAUGCUACAAAUACAGAGACAUUCCUUGUUGGGAAACAGCUGACAGACCCCAGUGUAUUCAAAGCUGCUCUGAUGACCUUGUUUGCGGAAGUUGUCCCUGACACAACUGACUUGAGGUUAGCUAGCGCCACCUACAGGAAGACCCUGGCUCUGUCAUACUUCUACAGAUUUGUGUUGGAUGUCCUGGGAGAAGCAGCCCCAGCCAGACUACGGACCGGAGCUAAAGCCCUGACCAGGCCUCUGUCCUCUGGACUACAGAGUUAUGACACCAAAACUAUGGAGUGGCCGCUCACACAGCCAAUGACCAAAGUCCUGGCCUUAAACCAGACCUCUGGGAAAGCCGUGUAUAUUAACGACAUUCCCAGUAAGCCGCAGGAGCUGCACGCUGCCUUUGUCCGCAGUACUGUGGCCAAUGCCACUCUACAAGGCAUGGAUGCCACCGGGGCACUGAGUACACCAGGUGUAGUGAAAUUCUUGGAAGCCAAGGACAUUCCGGGAGUAAACAACUGUUACCCCUUGUCACCAUGGCCAUCACCUGAGGAGCUGUUCUGCAGUGGUCAGGUGUCAUUUGCUGGUCAGCCCCUCGGCCUGAUUAUUGCAGAGGAUGAGCAGACUGCACGCUCUGCUGCCAAUAAGGUCAAGGUCACAUACACCAACAUACAGCCCCCAAUAGUGACCAUGGCAGACGCAAUCUCCAAGAAAUCCAUCUUCCCUGGGCUGGCUCCAGAGUUCAUUUUAGGAGAUGCAGAAGCGGCCAUUUCUAAUUCUCCUCAGAAGAUCCAGGGUAGCAUCAGCUGUGGACCUCAAUAUCACUUCCAAAUGGAAACGCAGGUGAGUAUAGCUACACCCACAGAAGACGGAAUAGACAUAGACGCAAGCACUCAGUGGCCCGACUUUAACCUGAGAGCCGUUGCCAUGGUACUGGGAUGUUAUGAAAACAGAAUCACUGUACGAACAAAGAGGCUCGGAGGCGCGUAUGGAGCGAAAAUCACCAGGAAUGCUAUAGUGUCUGCUGCCGUGGGACUUGCUGCACAGGUCACAAACAGACCUGUAAGGAUGAACAUGGAGUUUCAUACAAACAUGGAAACCAUAGGUAAAAGAUUUCCAUAUAUGGCAAACUACCAGGUGGGCUGUUCUGACACUGGUGUCCUGAAUGGAGUGAAGAUAACAUAUUACGCUGAUUGUGGAUACCUCCCAUCGGACCAUGCACUACCAGUGGUAACACUAUUUGCUGACAAUGCUUACUACUGUCAGAACUGGCACCUAAUCCCUGUCGGACUGAAGACAAACAAACCGAUGAAUACAGCCGCCCGAUCACCAGGAUCCUGUCCUUCCAUCUUUAUCACCGAGUCCAUAAUGGAACAUUUAGCCAAAGCUCUCAACAUGGACCCUACUGAGGUUAGGAGGGUUAACCUCUACCAAAAAAACCAGCUCACCCCAUACAAACAGCCGCUGCUGUACUGUAAUAUCUCGACCCUGCUUACUGAGCUGGAGACUUUGGCUGAUGUUUCACAGAGGAAAAAGAGUGUUGUAACAUUUAAUCAGAACAACCGCUGGAGGAAGAAAGGCCUGUCUAUAGUGCCAAUGAAGUUUGAAAUUUUUUGGGAAGGAGGCAACUACAACUGUCUUGUGGACGUCUACCAGAGUGACGGAAGUGUUAUCAUAGAUCACGGAGGCAUUGAGUGUGGGCAGGGUAUCAAUACCAAGACUAUCCAGGUUUGCGCUUACAAGCUGGGGAUCUCCAUAGACAUGAUCAGGGUGGUGGCCAAUAACACUGUCACCAACGCCGGCAGUGUCACCACUGGGGGCAGCAUCACCUCCGAACUCUGCUGUCAGGCUAUAGCAAACUGCUGUGACACAUUACUGGCCAGGAUUGCACCUGUCAAAGCCAAGAUGCCAAACGCCAAGUGGAAAGACUUGAUACAACAGUGUGCUUCUGACGGCAUUGACCUCACAGCUAGAUACUGGACAUCACCAACUCUGAACAAAGAUGUUCGAGCAAAAUACUUCAGCUAUGGAGUAACCUGCUCUGAGAUGGAGCUGGAUGUGCUGACGGGUCAGUACCAGAUAUCACGGGUGGACCUUCUGUACGACUGUGGAGAGAGUUUGAACCCUGAGAUAGACAUUGGACAGGUUGAAGGGGCCUUUGUGAUGGGACUGGGGUACUGGCUUACUGAGGAACAAAAGGAGGACCCUACCACAGGAGUACUCCUCACCAACAACACCUGGGAGUACAAACCUCCCCUAGGAAAGGACAUUCCUAUAGACUUCAGGGUACACCUCCUAAAGAAUGCACCUAACCCAUUAGGGGUUCUCAGAUCAAAAGCAAGUGGUGAGCCUCCCCUCUGUAUGAGCUGUUCUGCCCUGUUUGCCCUCAAGCAUGCAGCAGAGGCUGCCAGAGAAGAAAUUGGACAGAACACAUUCUUCCCACUAAAUGGACCUGCAACAGUUGAGAAAAUCAAUGCAGCUUGUCUUCUGAAUCCAGACCAGAUGGUGCUCACUGCUUAGUGGUAUAGUUUACUGGUCCAUGUCAACCCGAAUUGGGGCAAACAUGAUACUGCUACAAUAACUUUUAAAUACAAUGUAGAGGGAAAUAAUCCUAUAAAUGGACUGUAUAACCCUGUAAAUCAGCUGUAUGUGAUAUAACUACAUAUUUUGCAAUUCAGUGCUAAUUCGUCAAGAUGACUGCAAACAAAUGAUACUUCCUUUGUGAUGUUGACAGAUAUCAACUCUUGCGAUAAAGUAAGCUUCUUGAUUGUCCAGAAAUUGGCAAAGUCUCAUUCUGGACAAAUAAAAAACUGACCUUCCAAUUGAGAUUUCUGUUUACAACACAGAGGAAAGACAGAUCAUCUUGUUUAAAUUCAACUGAUAAAUAUUCAUGUGAAAAUCAACUUCCCAUGAAGUAAUAACUAUAUAAACUUGACAUUAUGUGGAGUUGUUAACAGCAAAUGAAAGUGACUUAUGACACAUUUGUUGUCAAUAUUUUGAGUCGUACUCCAAAGCACGGAAUCUAAGUCCAUAUCCAAAGUAAGGAAAAUUUAGGACUACCCGCUUGUUCAUGUAACUGAAAACAGACCCUAAAAGGGUUAUUCAGGUGCGGUACAGAAUAACCCCAGAAAUUCAAUAAAACCUGUAUUCAUAAAGGAAACGUAUAUUUUCAAUCUGAGUUCCCCACCAACAACAGCAGAAAAUACCUCUGACAUGUGAUCCCCACCAACAACAGCAGAAGAUACCUGUGACAUGCGAUCCCCACCAACAACAGCAGAAAAUACCUCUGACAUGUGAUCCCCACCAACAACAGCAGAAAAGUUAGAGUCUGGGACAUAAGCUAAAAAGAACUCAAAAGAGAAUGCAUGAUGAACCCAAAGCCCGCUAUAUGUGUGUACGUCAUCAUCUUAAAGGAAAAGAUAGAACAUUCGCAAAAAAUAUGAUGGUUGAUAUGUAUUCAUAUGUGUGUGGACUAGUGAUUUGGUCAAUGAAUAUUAUAGUUAAUUGCGUGGCCACCUUAACAAUAUUCAUUUAACUCUGUCUCAACAGCAGUAAGUAUGUAACGGUUGAUGUGAGGGAGAGUAUAUAUGAAAAUUGCAUGCUACAUAAUAGAAGUAAUACUUUAUAUUAAGAUGAUAAAGAAAACUUAAGUCAUAUAUUGAGCAAUCAAAAUAAAAUACUAAAAACUGACAAAUCUGAAGAAGAAAUAUUACAUUCCAGCUAAAAUGAUCGAAAGAAAUGCUGUCAAAUAUACAUGUCGCUGUGUUAGAAAAAUAGGUUUUCAAACAAAUUGUAACAUACCAAGUAGAUAGCAUAGAGAUAUACAAUAUACAGAUCUACAUGAUACUAGUACAAAUAUUUGUAUACCAAAUGUAUAUGUGAUAUGUGACAAAGUAAUUAAGAUAAUGGUAAGUGGUAUAUACUUAAGAACACUUAAAUUGGUGCUAUGUGUUUUAACAACUGAUGUAUUUUUACAAUUGUUAAGAGAAUAAAAAUAUACCAUUGAUAUAUUAGUAUGUAAAGAUUGAUGUGAAGUAGAAUAAUCAGGAGAAUUGCUUACUGCAUAGUAGAAGCAAUACUUGGUGUUAUGAUGAUAAAAAAAAUUAUAGUAAUAAAUUAAAAAAAAUAAAAUUUGAUAAUUGAA